GUUUUAUGACAGGGGUAAGAACGCCAUAUCUAAAUGAGUACGGUGCCCAGGAAAAUACAAGUCAAUAUCCUCGUAGCCUGCACGCAAGGUUGAUUCAUUAUGGCAACAUUCUUUGAACAGUUGCUCAAGCAAGCUAUUGAAAAUCUUGAUGUUCCUUCAAUAGCAAUUGAAGCAAAACAACGUGAUGGAACUCAAUUGCUUUCCUUGUAUCUUGAUUCGCCCUCACCGCUGUUCAGUUCCCAAGAUGCCAUUGAUAGCAACACUUUGUUCACCUUGGCUUCCUUAACUAAACUUCCUACAUCAGUUGCUGCUCUACAGCAGGUGGAAAAAGGCAUUAUUGGGCUGGACAACGAUGUCACUCACCUCCUCCCGACUCUCAAGCGACAGAGGAUAUUGCAAGGCUUCAAAGCAGAUGGAGUUCCGGUUCUCAAGGAUCGAACAAAUCCCAUCACUCUUCGCCACCUGUUAACUCAUUCGGCGGGUACAGGGUAUGAUUUUUCAAAUGAUGAGCUUCGCAGAGUGCAAUCCUUGAAAGGGGAAUGCCUAGGUUCCAAGCCGACUGUUGAGCAGCGUUUCAACCUGCCGCUGCUAUUUGAGCCUGGUGAAAGUUGGAACUAUGGCUGCUCCAUUGACUGGGUGGGAAGGCUUGUCGAGAUACUUACAAACAUGGAUCUAGAAACGUACAUGUCGAAACAUAUUUGGCAACCACUCGGGGUCACUCGCUUCACGUUCCGGCUAAACCAAAAGAACGCCGCAACGAACGAGGUGGCGGUCUUGGCGGAGCGAGACAAUGAGACAAAACGCCUCAGACCACUCCCUGAAGGUCUCCCACUGAACAAUGGCGUCACUGACUGUUUUGGUGGGCAAGGCGGGUAUUCUACGGUGCCAAACUUUAUGCAGCUGCUGUAUUCACUUUUAGCAAAUGAUGGCCGCAUAUUGAAAGCUGAGACAGUGGACCUUUUGUUCCAAGGCCACUUGACUCCAGCGAGCAAAUCUGUGCUUAACCGCAAAAUGGAAGAUCCGUCUUGGGCAGUCGGCACUUUUUACCCUGGAGAAACCUACAAUUGGAGUCUGGGAGGGUUGCUUAUCGAGAAACCUGGCUCUAGUUGCCCUUUUUCGCGGGGUCUAAACACACUGGUUUGGAGCGGAGCUACGAACUUGUUCUGGGUAGCGCAUCGCGUAUUCAUUCCUACUUCAAAAACUAGAAAAUGCUAAUUUAAAGAGUAGUUCAUUGAUCGCGAAAAUGGCAUUUGCGGAUUGUUUGCUACUCAAAUCUUGCCACCCGUGGACCAGGUCUCACAAGCUCUGAUCAAAGCGUUCCAUGAGGAAGUUUAUAGACAAGUUGCAGACUGUACAGUAGGCCAAAGUUAGUUCCCAAUAGAUGAGCUCAG